AUGAGACUCCUUCUUGUGCCUCUGCUGUCACUACUGGCCAGCAGCGCCAAUGCCUACAAGACAGGCCUCAUGGGCUACGGCCAGUCGUGGUACGAUCCCCCCUGCGCCUACGGCUGUCGCGCCGUGAUCGGCAGUGCACCUCUAGACUGUCCAUCAAUGGAGCACCACACAGGUACGAGCGAACACUCACACGGGGGCUCGCCACUAGCGCCCUGCAUCGCAACCAACGGUGACUUUUUACGCACUCUGGCAUACUGUCUGAGCACUCGAUGCGCAGAUGUUUCGGCCUCUAAGCUUGAAGCAUACUGGGCUGGCCAAGCAACUGGAGACAAGACAGUUUCUGCGGAAUGGACGUAUGGUGCUGCGCUUGCGAAUGUGACGGCGCCGCCGAAGAGGACUUAUGUCGCGGGCGAUACGCUGAACUAUACAGCGCUUGUCACAGAUGCUGAUUAUCAGUGUCAGUAUGAUUUUAAUGCCUUCUUUGAUUGGGAGGAGGCUGUUCAAUCCACCUAUGUAAUUGUCUUGAUCUCGAUUGGUGUAGCAACGCCCGUCUUCUUCUCGGCCCUUGGCUACCUCCCUUUCAUGACCCGAGCCAUAGAUAAGAUCAGACCAUAUCUCGUCUACCCAUCAACCUUUCGAGGCUACAACAUACGCCCUCUUCCUUACCUUCUUGGGAAUGCACCAACGACCGGUCAAGGCCUUUGGAUCGCCAUGUUUAUCAUCCUCAAUAUCGUCCUCGGUACGGUCUCGUACAAGAACUUCCCAUAUACCCAUCGCUGGGGCUUCACCAAGUCCGCCGAGCUACUAGCAUACGUCGGCUACCGAACCGGCCAUAUUUCAUUUGCCCUACUACCGCUCACAGUGCUGUUCUCGUCGCGCAACAAUAUUCUCCUAUGGAUCACCGACUGGCCUUUCUCAACUUUUCUGGUGCUUCAUCGCUGGGUCGCUCGUCUCUGUGCGCUCCAUGCGAUCGUUCACUCCAUCACCCUCCUCGCCGCAUACAUCAGCCUUGGAACGUACUACACGGACGUGCACAAGCCUUAUUGGAUUUGGGGUAUUGUUGAAACACUAUGCCUACUACUUCUUCUAGCCCAGAGCGUUCUUUGGCUACGCCGUGCUUCAUACGAAGUCUUCCUCAUUCUACAUAUUGUCCUCACCGUUUUUGUUAUCGUUGGCUGUUGGUACCAUGUCUACUUCUGGAAGCCAUUCUCUGGAGUUUAUGAGCUGUGGAUAUACAUGGUGUGCGCCGUGUGGUUCUUUGAUCGGCUCUUUCGUGUGCUACGAGUUGCCAAGAACGGUAUCCGCCAGGCCAGUGUCGUCGAGCUAUCUAAUGAGAUCGUCCGCCUGGAUAUUUCUGGUGUCAGAUGGUUAUCUACCCCAGGUUAUCAUGCCUAUAUCUACUUCCCUACACUACAGCCCUUUCUCCCGUGGCAGAAUCAUCCUUUCUCCAUCACCAACACUGCUUUACUACAGGGGACAUCUGCAGCAGGAUCAUCGCAUACAGGCGGGGCUGUAUUGGAGUUGGAAGUUGAUGCCUUCAGUUGGUGA